GAGUGAAGUCAAAAAGGGGCCGAAAUCUUGAAUUUGUCAGUCGACCAUCUGAAUGUAGUGGCACAUGGACCAGCGCUCCCCAUCAACCAUCAUGGGCUCUCUCGCCACUUUGGACACCAGUGCUUCCGUUUACCAACCGUCUCAACUUCUGAACUGGAUGUACCUCUCACUGGCGGACAGUACACCGGUGCAAAACAGCCAGAGUUUGUACAGUGAUACUGCGUGGACGGGUUCCUCGACGCAAGCGGUGAACACUGUCAGCACCGUAACGUCACUGUUGAAAACUGCCAACAUGUACAAUGGGGUGAAUCUUAACGGACUGACCGACCCUUGGACUGCCAAUCUUAAUACACAAACAGCUAACACGCUAAAUGCUAAUUGUUACCCGUCAACCUCAGUGUCUCACAUGUCCAGCUCUCCAUAUGGCAGUAUGAAGGAUAUUGCUGAACAGUUUAGCGAACUCUCUCUCUCAAUGGACAGGAAGCCUGGUAAACGACCACCCAGCACUUACCUAUGUCACCUCUGUUUUAACAAGGGGCAUUACAUCAAAGAUUGUCCACAGGCACGCCCAAAGGGGGAAGGUUUGACUCCAUACCAGGGGAAGAAGAGGUGUUUUGGGGAGUACAAAUGCCCAAAGUGUAAGCGUAAAUGGAUGAGUGGCAAUAGCUGGGCCAACAUGGGGCAGGAGUGUAUCAAGUGUCAUAUCAAUGUCUACCCUCACAAACAGGUAGCUAUGCGCCCCCUGGAGAAGCCAGAUGGCCUAGAUGUGUCUGACCAGAGCAAGGUUCACCCACAGCAUCUGUGUGAGAAGUGUAAGAUGCUGGGCUACUACUGUCGACGAAUGAACUGAAAACAAGGCCCUCAGCAGUAUGAUAUUUUGUUCUCCAGUAUUACUCGUGAUGGCUUAAUGCAAUUUUAUGAUAUUUUGGGAAGUGUCUGUGUUCUUUGAAGAAAUCUUCAUAACAUACAAAAAAUUGAAAAACAUGUUUUCUUUGAAACAAAGACGUGCCAAAAAUGCCUUCAUAUGUGCCUUAAGAAAUUAGAAGAACUUCUGAUUUGCCCUAAAAAGUGGUGCUGAAAUGAGCAGUUUAUAAAGUAAAUUAUUUUAGGUGGCUGAAAAGGUAGCCACAUUUUCGUUAACGAUAAACAUAUUUCUUUUACAUUGUUUUUUAAAUUGUUAUGCUGUUUUGUGAAAGCCUGACGGAAUUUCAAGUAGACUUUAUUUAAAGGUAAGCGUAAGUACAAUAAAAUGUUCGGAGUUAGUCAUUUGUCAUAUCGUGCAUAUUGUAUUAAAGCUUGCUCAAGUCAUGGCUGACUCAGUUGUCUGCAAAUUGUUAAUGUUGUAGUCUUAUGUAAGUGUUGUGAAAAUCAGCAUAUAUUCCAUAUAUUAACGAGGGGUUAUGCAGCAGCAUUUAAUGUGUGUUUUUCCUAUCUGAAUGGUUCUCAGAGAUUUGUGCCUCUGUUAAAAGUAUUAAGACUAUUGAUAUGAUAUUCUAUGGCAUUAUACAGGUGCGUUUCAUAAAGAGGAAAGCUUUGAGGUUUUAGCGUUGUGUUAUUUCCCUCACUCUGGUGUAUGUAUUAUAUAUAUUUACUGUUUGGUGCAACAUUUCAUUUGUAACAUGUAAUCAAAGUCUUCUGAAUAUAUUCCAUUAUACCUUUGCUUUAUCCGGAAGCAAAUGUCUUGUUGAGUACAGUGAAGAUAGGAGGGAAGGAACACACACAUUGUCCUUAAAAACAGUCAACUUUGGCAAUGACCAUUAAUCUUUUGGCAUUCAGUUCUUCUUUAAGAGUUACACAGCCCCUUCAACUGAUCUAAUAUACUCAUCUUUUUGGCUGAUUUAUGUACCUUUAUUAAGGGAAGGCCCUACAGCUUAGCUGUGAGUGACCCUAGUGUGUUACACUGAAACAAGACCUUAUUGUUACGGUAACCCAGAUGUGGCAGAGAGCUUGCUCUUGUAGAAGUAAAGUGGAAGUUGGGGUUACAUUGAGAGUGGCAUUUUUCCCAGUUCUGAAAGAAGAUAGGUUGUAAGCACUGACAUGUAUUAAUGUCGCUGUUUUGGAGAAGUGCCUGCAGCAUUGCUGAUAAAAUAAAGUCAGACCUUGUAUCUUUCCAGAGGUUGAAAAGACUUUAACAUUGAUUUCACUCCUUCAAAAUUUUGAAAUUUGAAUGGUCUUGAAAGUAAAUCAUUAUCAAGAGUUUAUAUUUGACCUGUUGAAAUGGAAUAAAUUGUAACUAUUGUAAGAAGAAUGAUGAAAUCUUGUGUGCUCUUCCUUGAUGUUGUUGUAAUUCACAAUGACGUCUGUGCCAGAAACUCCAAAGGACCAGUUUAUUCUCCGGAUGAUGUUCCAUAUAACUUUGUGUUUUAACAUUUAUUUUGUUUGCCUUGACCAAAUUUAUUAAAGAUUUAGACAGUUGGGUUUAUUAUUCUGUAAAUUUUUGUAUGAAUCAAAGCUAUUUAAUGGUAUGGUUAUCUCGAUAAGGGUGAAAUAUCGCCAUAUAGAGAUCAGAAACUGCUUACGUGAUUGUAUAUAAUUGAGAAUUUCUACAGAUUUUUAAUAUCAAGAGCCCCAGUUUAAGAUAGUAUCAACUCAUUCUCUCUGUUUUAAAAAUUUCAUUUUCUAUUGGAGGCUUUGAUCAUUGGAAUAUUCAUUUGAAAUGGUGAUGAGUUACUAUUGUUGGUGUUGACAUCCCCAUUUAGACUUUGUCCUAAUUAUCACCUCCAUUUUUUCAUUUAUAAUGAAGCAACAUUUUGUAUGAUUCUUGGGCUCAAGCAUCUAGUCAUUCAUGGUAGCUGGUGGUUUAUCUGUAUCCAGAUAACAUUGAUUAGUCUACCAGUAAAGCCUGUUGAACAUUCUGAUUUGAUUAUGAAGGGUUUUUUUUCAGGUUUAAAGAUAUAGUUUAUGGCAUUUUUAACAAUAGAUUUGUAUAUUAGUUUGCAUAGUAGCGUUUGGAUUUAAAAGAAGGGAAGUAAAUUUAAUCCAAGAGAUGUUUUUAUUACAUUGCAAUUUGUGUGUACAUUUAGUUUGACAAGUGGCUUAGGUUUGUCGCUUAUUUUUCUUUGGUGUCUUUUUUUUUUUUUUGAUGGCUUUGCCAAAUCUGAGAAAUAAUGGUGUCUUUAUUUAUAAGCACAGAGCGCCAGGGUGUUUUAUUUUUGCGCCGUGUUUUUCAACAUUAUCUAAUAUGAUAAUCAUGUUAUAUGUUAUGUGUAUAGUUUGGUUCAGUAGAUAAUAUUGUGAAAUAUGAGGCUUUUAUCAUGAAAAGUUUUGCUCAUGUCGUUUUUAUUUAAUAAUUACAUAUCCCAUUUGUUGCUUAUUGAUGUACACAGUAGUUGAUCAGAUUGAUAGGUUUCCUGGGUAUCCGUCUGUUGUAGUUUGCAGUGAAUGAAGCCUUGUGAAGUCAGUCAACAGAAGUUAUUUGGUACCAGCCUUCUUGUGCACAAUAUUGUAUUCUGCUGUUUCUGUUGACAGUAACAGUAUUCUUGCUUGUGGCAUGAGCCGAGACUUAAAAACAACAACUCUGCUGUAGAAUGGGACUUGUACAAGCCACCCAUUGUAUGCAGUUUGUUUUCUUGUCUCCAUAACUCUUUGGCCCUUGUGGAUACUUUUAGAUUCCCAGUUCCUUGGCCUGUUGAUAAGGAAAAGCAAAUGUCAAGAUCUGCAAUGUGAUAGUAUUGUCUAUUACAGGGGUAGAUUACAAGCUGGAGAAUUAGAGUUGAACUAUGACCCACUGACCAGUUCCAUUUCCUCUUCUUUCCACCCUUCCCAAACACAGAACUACAGUCCCAGAAAGUUUACAGCCUGCCCUGAUUUAUGAAAACAAAAGGAACUACUGCUAACUCACAAUCUGAAAUUUUCCCGGGACUUCUGAAUUUAAUGUUAUUACUUUUGGUGUGAGAUGUGUCUUGUUACUGUCAAACAAUUAGUGAUGUGUUCCUGUUGUUGGAUGGAUUUACUGCAUGUUACCACAAUAAUAACCAACACACAUUUGCUGUGAAUGCGUAUCAUUCAUUUUAUAUUAUCAAGAUUGCCACAAAGUGGAAUGGAUUUCCCCCUUCUUUUUCUCUUUGUUUAUCUUUGAACACUCAUUAUUAUGGAGAUUGGAAAACAUUCUAGAAGUGGGAUAUAUAUAUAUAUAGAUUUGAUAGUGGUUUAAAGUGUAAUUGGAGUCCAGUUUGUUUACUAGUGUAUGCCUGAGUGGAUCUGGAAUCAGCCUGUCAGCUGUACUGAGUGUCGCAAUUACCCUUGUGCUGUGUUGUACAGGAUUGCAAAGACUACAGCCGUCUGGCCUACACUUAGUUUUAACACAAAUAAACUUCUUUUUAAAGAUCUUUAUAAUAUGUGUUCUGGUUAUUGUGUUCAUUUAAGUUAAUUAACAAAAAAAUGUAAUAAGUAAACUAGAAAUUUCAAGUAAUGGUAAUCAUUUAGACAAUGUAUCUUUCAGCAGAAGUACUUUUCAGUGUCCUGUGAGCAAAGUGUACUUCACAGUAAAGACAUAUCGAUAAUGAUUGAUAUCAACUAGUCAUGAAAACUGAUAAGAUUAUUCCAUGGACUAUAGAACCGUGUGGGCCAUUUGAGUAGACGGAGACAGAAUUAAACACAAAAGUUAACUGUAUUAACUAUUAUAGUCUGAAUAAGUUUAUAAUUCAAUUAAAUUAAGCUCAAUGUUUAAUUUAAUUGGGUUAUUGAUUGUAUAAUGUAUUUAUGUGAUGUUAAUCUUUUGAUGUAUUGAACCCAGAAAGUCCUG